UCGAUUCACGGCUACCAUCAGUGGCGAGUACUGUAUGGGAACCAGGCGCUGACGCUUCACUUCACCAACCCGGACCACGGCACCUGCCCCCGACGACACUUGACCCAUGAACUCGCACUCCGCCUGCCCCAAGCUGCACUGGGCAGCGUGCUCAAGUUUGGUCAAAUGACCUCCAACGCCACCCGCGGAUCCGCGCGGCGUGGGGAGGCCGUGACCCAGAGGCGGGUUUACAACGACGCUGGAAAAGGGAGCGAAUUGAGAGCAGAAAGUGAUUUUUAAAGAUCAAUAAUUAUUCUUAUUAUUACAACCAAACAGAGUUGUAACAAGUGAAGAGGUCCUCAUUAGCCAUGUUCUAUCGACUGCUGGAUGAAGCCGUCCCCGUGCCCCAAAACCUCCUGCGAUGCCCUCACCCCAUCCUCUGACUGCUGCCCAAGUGCUGCCGGUCUCAUCGCUCCAUCUCUGCGGUGGUGGAGCUCUUCUCGGGAAGCGCCGAUUUUGCCCACCCCCCCUCCACUGGCUGCCGUUCCGUCAGCAGUCUCGCCCGUUGGUGACCAUCAUCGCCACAAUCAUCAACCACCAUCACCACCACCAUCAUCAUCCCUCCCAACCACGAUGCCUCCUUCCCAGAGCUCCGCGAACUUUCCUCAAGAGUCGCGUGGCGAGCAACGCGCCCGAGCGGAACGUCGUCUGGAAAGUGGCGACUCGGCAGAGUUCGCCGUGACGCGGCCGUGCAGGCGACGAGGACACGUGGCGGUGGUGGCGGCGGUGGCGGCGGUGGUGGUGGUGGCGAUGGUGGUGGUGGUGGUGAUGGCGGUGAUGGUGGUGGUGGUGGCGAUGGUGGUGGCGAAGUUGGUGGUGGUGGUGGCUAUGUUGAUGGUGGCGAUGGUGGCGGUGGUAGCGAUGGUGGUGGUGGCCAUGGCGGUGGUGGUGGCGAUGUUGGCGGUCUCGAUGUUGGUGGUGGUGGUGCAGGGCUCGCGGUGCCAUUCCGCUGCCUCCGAACGCAAGACCGCGAUUACUAAAAGCAGCACCCAUCAGAGUUUUGGUUAAGAGAUAUUGUCACUGUUAAGUGGUCUGGUUGUUCACGGUACAUUGAGAGUAUCAAUUUCCCCCACGUGUCGUGACAACGCAGUUAGUUGAUCGGAGUAAAGUGUAGUUACUCCCAACUUAUCCAAGACGUCUGGCCUGCGUGGAAGAGUAGGCCGAAUACACUCCGAGAGGGGCUCUCCAAAGCUCCUUUCAGCGGAGGCCCGUCCGGUAGCAGCGGCGCGAGCAACGCAUUGCAGGGCUGCGCCUCUAUCUUUACCCCAUCAUUGUCACGUGACACGAUCCUAUAUGGACAUCACUUUCUGGUUGCUCCGAAGGAGAGCGGUUUCACGAAACGUCGUGUUAAUACCGCAGCUACCUUUAUACCGAUAAUACCAACUUGCGUAUUCUCACAAUGACUUCACUUCAAAUCGACUGAUGCAUUCUACGAUGCGAGACGUCCCUGCGAGGCUGUAGGUGCUCACUCUGGGUAUCAAUGAGAAUGCACCGUGACACGUCCGACACUUCUGUUUGACGACACCGCAGGGCGUGGGCAGUGUUGCUCCUCCCGGCGAAUCGCAGCCCAGCUCUCCCCUCUCGGGUCGUGCCGCGUGAUGUCAGACGUUUCGCUCCGCGUGCUUGGGACCUACUUCAGGAAAUUCACUACAUCGGCAGGCUUACAUCAAACGCCAGCAGCCGGCAAACUUUAAACGAAGGGAGAUGGAGAGUCGCCGCCGUUCAAGUUUGCUGCCCGAAGAAGUUCCCAGCCAGCGCGUGAAGCGAAACGUCGGACAUUAUGCCGAUCAACACGCUCAGCACAAGAGCACAAGUGAACUUGGCUGGCGUUAUUAGGUCCACGACUCUUGCAUUGCGCUUUGAAAUAUUCUCUACAGUUUGUGUGUGUUGAACUUCUUUCGCACCGUACGUCGCCCACGGUGCUAAUCGGAGGUGCGGCGGUGGGUGGGGGGGAACAAACUAAAGACAAAAAUCAGUUCUAAAAUAACAAGUUUUCAAUUCGGUUUUAAAAGUGCAUAGCUCCAGUAGCUUCCUAAUAUCGGAAAAAUUAUGAUGAUCAAGGUGAUGAUUACGAUGAUGAAGAUGAUUAUGAUCACGACGAUGAUCACCACCACCACCACCAUCAUCAUCAUCGUCACCGUCACGAUGCCGUUCGAGUAGAGAAAGCGGAACGUGUUGUCGGGGUUCAAGGGCGGCUUCGGGGAACGUCUCGAAGUGAAACCAACCGGGGGACACGUGACACUCAAGACGCCCUGCGGCGAACAGGGCAGCCGCACGUGACGGUGGGGGGGAGGGGGAGCCAGAACGAGGGAGUUGCUCGCGACAGCUCAGUAAGCAGAAAGAAGGAAGUUGAACUCUCCCACCGCCCACUCGCAACGCCAGGUAGCCCCACGUCACUCGAAAGCCACCGCCAAUAUUCGGUUUCCGUUUGCAGGGGGAGUUGCAGCAGCAGCAGCAGGGGCGGUGCCUACAGCUGCGGCAGCGGCACGGAAGAGAGAGAAAGGGGGUGGGGUGGGGGGGAAUUCUCCCAUCCGCUCCGCCGUGACGCAACGGUGAAAACCGCUGCAGCGAACGCAGCCGCGUCUACUUUCGAUUAGACGGGCUUUCCGACGGAGGGUUUCACCCGUGGACGAUAUAAGCCGAGGCAGGUAUCAUGGAGCUCUCAAAGCCAGCGAGAGGAGCUCAGUCGGUGGAUACUUGGCGUGACUCUCCGCUAGCAACUCGGUUGAAGGCGACUCGCCCAGACUCAGCGAGACUCCGUGAACGCGAACGCUUCGUCGUCGUCGUGGGUCACCGUCGUAGCGGCAACUUCUACCACCAGCACUCACCAAGAGGAUGGAAGCUCGCGGGUCGUGUGCGCUCCUGCUGUGCCUCGUGGCCGCAAUGGCCCUGCAGGCGAACGCCAGGGCGACGGGAAUGGACAUCUGUACGUCGGGGUUUCUGAGCACCGAGCACAUGAAGAAACUCGUGAAGGUCGUGAAUGAAGUUCUAGAUGAUCAGCGCAACUUCAGGAUCCUACCCAACACGGAUGAAAUGCGUCACCACGUGCUGAAGCAAGACAAGGCCAGUGUGUGCCUCUUCCGCAAGGCAGUGGCCGAGCUGUACGCGGCCGCCUUCCAAGCAGAGGGAACUCAUCGGUUCAUGGGCAACAGGGAAGCGAAGAAGAAUCACGACACAUUUCACAGCUUCGUUCGGCCCAGCUGCGGAACGACGCAGGAAGGCGAACAGGACGCCACAUUCAAGGAAAUCAUGGCAAGACUCGCUGAUGCCAAACUCAAGAUUCCCUCGGACGAGGCGAUGCUCCGCAAGGUGCUCCGAGAGACGGAGCUGCUGCCCAUCGCGUGCACGGAGCGCGCGGACCGCGAGAAGCCGUCGGGCGGUCGGCGCGGAGGAGGAGGAGACGGCGGCGGCGGCGGCAAGCGGAAGCCGGGAGCGAAGAAGCAGCGAGGCGGAAAGCAGCAGCGGCAUGGUGGAGAGAAGCGGCGCAGAAAGUCCCGGCAGUGAGCCGCGCUCUGUCGCUGCUGCUGCUGUGCCAACACCCAGGACUGUGCAUUCGAAAAUGCGUCCGCGCCCGGCGAAGCACAUCCAGUAUACCUCUCGCUGUGCCUGCGUUUAGCUCGGCAAGUGUAGCGUGGGGAAGGUUGCCCGCUACAUUUUGGUCAAACCAGAGGUGCAUCUGUCCUGCCGAGUUUCUCGUUCCCACCGGGACAUCUCAAGUUGUGGUGCUUGAGAGGUGGUCUUGAGAUUUUUUUUGUGUAACUUUUGCGAGAUUCGUGCCGGGGGCUUUUUUGUUUGUCAGCCUCCAAGGUGGCAGCCCCCCCCCUCACCCCCAGUCACGUGCCCAAGGUAUUGUCCCGGACGCGACAGGGCUGCGCGCGAGCGAUAUUUUAAUCAAAGUGAAAAAAAACAUUGCUAUGUAUUGUCUAUUUAUUAAGUACAGUUACUAUUUAUCAGUUACAUUGUUACUAUUUAUUACGUUUUGAGCCGAUGUUUUUUUUAUUAAGUGACUAUUUAUCAAUGACAUUACUAUUUAUUACGUUUUGAGCUGAUGGUAAAACGUAUUACUUGAACUUUUUAAAAGUUAUAUAAAUUUCGAUCAAGUAGGCACGAUGGUAUUUAUUAUAAAAAAAUAUAUUUUAUAUGUUAUAUAUUUAUAUAUAAAAUAUUAAAUGUUUUAUAUAUGUAUUAAUAAUCGCUGUUGUGAUAAUUUAUGAUAAUUUAAGUUUAUUUAAUGUUAACUUCUGUAUUUCUUUCUGUCGUGCGCUUGACCGCGACGGCGUGUUUUUUUUUUAUCGCGUUGACAAAAGUGGUAUGAUGAUGGUGACGACGACGAUGAUGGCGAUGAUGACGAUGAUGAUGGUGAUGAUGAUGACGAUGAUGAUGAUGACGAUGAUGAUUUUGAUUUAAAGCUUUCGUGACUGCAGGGAUUCAUCUUCUUGGUUCUUUCGGUAAAGUCA